GGGGUACGUGCGUAAAGAAGAGACCACACAUCACGUGACCGCUCCUGACUCCCGGCCCCAUCAUUUGAGGAAUAACGGCCCAUAUAUCUAUUGAUAUAUUUUUCUGGACAGCAUUUUAAUUUUCUCCUUUCAUCAGCGUCUGUUGUCGGAAGGAAAAAUCAUAGGAUGCAAAAUAAAGGAAAAGGAGGAUUAUAUAGCAUCAUUCUCGGACUUUAAACGGGAGUUUUAGUUCUGAAGGCAGCUCAGAUCGAAGUUUCUGCACCUGUUUGGAAAGUGGAGGAAAAUACCAAACAGUGAUCAUGGCUGAAAACAACUUCCCUCCCCUGCCUAGAUUCAUCCCCCUCAAGCCUUGUUUUUACCAGGACUUCAAUGAAAUUCCAGACCAUCAGCGCACCAUGUGCAAGAGGCUCUACUACCUCUGGAUCUUGAACACUGCCACACUAGCUGUUAACCUGAUUGGCUGCCUGGCCUGGAUGUGUGGAGGUGGAGGAGCCACCAACUUUGGGAUGGCCUUCCUGUGGCUCAUACUCUUCACUCCUUGUUCCUAUGUGUGCUGGUUCAGGCCCAUCUACAAGGCAUUUAAGACCGACAGCUCUUUCAACUUCAUGGCUUUCUUUUUCGUCUUCAUGGCUCAGGUGGUGAUAAGUAUUAUCCAGAGUGUUGGCAUCCCAGGUUGGGGGGUCUGCGGCUGGCUGGCUACCAUCACCUUCUUCAGCACCAACAUCGGCUCAGCUGUAGUAAUGCUGAUUCCCACCAUCAUGUUUACUGCGGUGGCUGUGCUGUCCUUUGCCGCCCUUACCAAGGUCCACAACUUAUACCGUGGUAGCGGUGGCAGCCUGGGUAAAGCCCAGGAGGAGUGGGCCACCGGAGCCUGGAAGAACCCACACGUCCAGCAAGCCGCUCAGCAGGCGGCCAUGGGGGCCGCGCAGGGAGCCAUGCAGCAGAACCAGUACUCAGCGGCUCCCACCUACAACUACGACGACCCGAUGUAGGACAGACGGGCGAGCCGGAGGAGAGGAGUGGGAGAGCUAAAAAGGGAUCAAUUAUGAACACAACUAAGAAUUAGGUGCCCUUCAUUUUAACGCAGGACAGGCUCAUUUCAGAUAGAGAAUGUAGGGAAAAAUGAAAGAAAUAUACGUUUAAGCAAAUUAAAAAGUUUUAGAAAGGUCACUCUUAGAUCAACAAAUUGUUGUUAUUGUUUUACUGCUCAGCAUGUGUGUUGAUUUCCACCAGUCUCAUAAGGCUAAAAGAAAUCCCCUGAGCUUUUUUUUAGUUCAUUCAGGUCCCCAUCAUGUCUUGUUUCCAUUAAGCAGCACUCACCUAUCGACAUUUCCCGCUUCAUUUUAAAUCCUCUUUGUGUUACUACAGUGAGUAAAAGCAUUAAGAGCGAUUCCUUUUUUAGGCCUUACAAAAAGUUUAAAUAUGUGUUUCUCAGUUAAUUCUCACAGUUUAGACAACAGGUCACAAAAACAUGUCUAGAAACUGGUCAGAAAAAUCCAUAAUUUAAGGAUUAGUUUUGGAAUAUUGUAAACAUUUUUAUUAGCAGGUAGCCAGCUUAGGCUAGCCAAAAACAACUUUAGUGAAAAAAUAUAUUUUUCUCUAUCUAAAUGCAACAAAAUCUUUACAAUCAGACCAGAUUCUUUUUGUUGCAUCUUAAAGCAGGAUUUUAGAAGUAAAUUUAGUAAGUUUUGAAGGAGUCAAAAUCGUCUUUCUGUCUUCUCUUUAAUAUCGUUAUGCUAGGCUAAGCUGCUAGCGAUAGCAUCAUAUUUAGGCUUAUCAGACAACCUGAAAUGAUUGAUGCUACACUUUAACCAUGAAGAUUUUUUUUUGUGUCAAAUACAACAAUUAAAAGGUUCAGUGUGUGUCACUUUCAGACACAGACAAAUGUGUGUGCACCCCUGGUAAAGAUGAGUUAAAAACCUUAAUAUAGAUGUAUCUGUCAUUGCAGCAGCAUAAUCUCACAAUAGCAAAAUUUAGUACAAACAUUAAAUGAGUCCAUUUAUUCAGUGUAGAAAAAACGUUUUAUAAACAGAUAUUCAUCCUUUGUUUUACUCCAGACGCACUUAUGUUAAGGCCUGUUCAUACUCCACAAGAGCCAAUACAUGUGUUUGUUUAGUUGGAAAUAACAAGUACUUUAUGAGAAACUUGAGUGCAGGACUAUGGAAAAUGUUGUGUUAACCACACCCACUUCAAAUUUCUGACCAAUCAAACAUUAGUUGUCAGGCACUAUGCAAGAAAAACUUUCUGUCCAGAUGUAUCAAUAACAAGCUGCAAGAAGUCCCAAUCCACGGCAAGGAAAGAAUGGCGUCGCAGCAUUAGGAGACAGAACAGGUUGAACCGUUUUGAGGGACAAAUGACAAGUUUUAUCUUGAACAAAUCACAUGGUUCUAGUUAAAGUAUUACCAGCGGUGGUGCCAACAAAUGUGGAUUUUAUUAUUUCUUAACAUGAAAGGUUAGAUUUUUCUAAAAGGAGUAAAAAUGUAAUACAAUAAGAAAAUACUUUCUUUAAAGGCUUUUUUCACAUCUUUACCAGCGGUACCAAUAAAUUUAUCCUCUUUAGUUUUGAUUUUGGGACCUGUUUUCUUUUAGGAUUAGAGCCAAGUCAAUGUUUUCCACAUUCUCAGGUAAUAUCAGUUUUUAAGCCUGUAUCGUGUUUUUUGGACUUUGGUCAUUUGUUUUAUUGCCCCAGUUUACCCAUUGAGGAAUAUUUGGUUUUGCAUUGAAACUUGGUGGUUUUAAUGUGUUGAGCAGGCUGAUUUCAGUUUGGAGAAGCACACACAAUGUUUAGGGUUUUUAUUGGAUAAACAUUCCUAAUCAACGUUGAACUGGUAAAGAGUGAAGGAAAACCAAAAUAACUUUUAAAAAGAAAUCAAAAUCGGUAAGUAAUGGUAAUAUUUGUUAUAGGUGCUCAGAGUGAUGGAUGUUUCCCUUCCCCCUUGACAUAUUCUUCCAUUAACCCCUACAUAUGGGUGCUUGUGAUCUUCAGGCCUUGUCAUCUUGUGGCUGUUGGUGUUUUUCCAUGAAUUGAUGUAAUAUAAAAUAGAAUAUUAAAUUAAAGUUAAUUAUUUCCUUAAGAAGUGAAGCUUAACAAGGAAGAUGAGCCCAGGUGAGGCCUGAUUUGGUGAGUUAGGAGCCAUGUAGACUUUCAGCCAGAUGAUUUCAGAGUAGUGUAACUUUUCUUGAGAACUUCCUCAGCAUUCAGUAGAUGGGUAUUACAGUAAAAUUAAGUAUUAAGCUUGACAAAGCUGUGAAGAUGUGUAACUAAAUGGUCAUUAUUUCAAAAUCUGUGGGUCGUCUUGUCCCGUUGUGAUAAUGUGGUUUUAAAUAAGCUCUGUUUAUACUGUCCUUGUUUUUAUUUUGUACCCACCCUUGUUUUUCCUGUGUAUUUCGGAUAAUGUGUGGACAUGACUGAAGCACAUGUUCAUUGUGUCCUUUCCAUGGCUGUGGUGAAGUGUUCCUUGAACUAUAAUUAUUUGAAAGAUUUUCUGAUUAUUAUUUAAUUCAAUGUUUAUGCUGGGUUACCUGUAGACAUUCACAACAAAGUAAGUUGAAUUUACAGAGAAGCAAUACUUCUCAACAUACUAAACAUAAUCUAGUCCGGUUCAGCACAAACUGGCUUCUUUAAAUAUUACUUAGCUUUGUUAUAGAGUGGUAUGAAAUGAAAAACAGGCCUGUCUUAAAGCUGGAUCGCUUGAUUUUUGAUUUUGCGACUGCAGAACUGCAUUUCCUUCCACCAGCAGAGACACAUAAAGAAGUUAUUACUCUGUGAAUGGCACUACACAUCUGCUCAUCUGUUUUUUGUUUGUUUCCUAUACAGUAAGUGUAAAACAUUGCACAGACAUAUGCAGUUCGUGGGAUUGGGGAAAUUAGCUGUGAAUUCAUCGCGUCCCAGAAACCACCGUUCCUCGGACAGACUUUAAUCUGCAUUUUAUGUCGCUGUAUCAAAGCUUCUGGAAGCCAUUUCCCAUGUUUACCACUUGUACUGUACUGUAUGUUGUAUGAAAUGUAUUAUCAUGUACUAUAUCAUAAGUAAUCCUGAAUAUAUAAUGAGGUAAAUAUUUGCCAUAGAUAAACACAUUCAGUAGGAACAUGCUGUACUUAGAUGAAAUAAAUGUUUGAGGAGGCUGUGUCUCCAUAAGUGACGUAAAUGAGGAAUAACAUUUUUUGUGUGUUACUUUUGUAUUAUUUGGUCUUAUCCUGAUAGAAAUUAAAACGUUCUUGUUGCA